AUGGUGUCUCUUUGCCUUCCUUCCCCACUUCUGGGGUUACAGGGGCCGUGCCCCUCCAGAAAAAAGCCGACUCGUUCAAACGGGAAACUACAGUCACAACCUUGUGCUCGCUGGAAGCCAGUGGACUUAACCACCCCACAGUCACGGCUUCUUUGUCACUCGUUGCCGACUGUUCCCAGUUCCAUCUCUCCAUCUCAGUCUUCAGCUUCUUCCAGGCUCUCCGUUAAUCCUUCUUGCCUUGCUUUUUCUCCUGCCGUUUGUUUUCUCGAUGCGAACCGCCGGGCUUCGUGGUCCCCCUGUUUCAGUCUCAAAUGUUCCUUUAGAAACUCCAGACGACCCUUCCUCUGUAUGGCGCUUUGUAUCGUGCAUCUCUGGCUCUUUUCCGCCCUCUCCUUCAGAGAAAUCGUUUAUGUCUCGGACUCCGCUCACCACAACAAAGCAAAUCCUACCUGUCUUAGCAGCUGGUCACUCGCUGCUCCAGUAGACGCUCGCCAACCAGUGAAUGCAGCUCUGACAAAGGAGGCGCAAAUUGACUUGUACGAACCACGAAACACCCUCGGAGGAUUGGGAAAAAGUGGCAGAGGCAGCGGCUUUUCACUGAAGACGGGAGAUGCCUUCAAGGACGUCGCUCCUGAUGACAGUGGUGUGGCACUCCUAUCGCACGAGUCUCAGCAGUCCAGUGCUGCUCACGAGCUGAAUAUGCACCACGACAUUCAGCCUGAUCCCUCGUCUACUGAAUUCUCGAACGGCAGGUCUGCCCCAGUCUCAUUUCUUCUAUCACGGGCCUUCCAUUUAUCAAGGCAGCCAGGCCACCUGUCGCUGCACGACUCUUUGAGCCGCCUCUCUCUUUUUCCUUCAAAAGGUUCUUCCAUCUCGUUUUCUUCUAUGUCGUCUCCGUCUUUGUCUGCUCUGCCCUCAUCUUCGGCUGACUCUCCUCUGUCGUCCGGACUGACUCCACCUCUCAGUUUGUCGACUGAAUCUGUCCCUGCCGCUGAGGAAUCUCCUUCCUCGGGUGCCUCUUCUUCUUCGUCGCCUUGCGAAUUCUCUCCUUCCCGGGAUUUCGCCUUCCUGGAGGCAGGGCAGGCGACUUCUGGAAAGAACUCCCUUCCACGAGCGUGUGCCUAUGCGGGCUGUAAGGCGGGCUUCUUCACGCCGCGGCCAGCGAACGAUCCGAACACAUGUUACACUCUUUCCGAGUGUUCUCAGUGCCGCGUUCAUCCGGAAAGCCACGCCGAUCUCUGCAGCCAAGUAGAAGAGAGAAAUGGCCUGCUGCUGCUGAUGAAAUCGUCGCUAGGUCUGAUGCCAAACCCAACAAUGCCUUUCCGCUACAAGCCUCUCAGUGCUAAAGACAUAGCUCGCCUUCGCGAUUCCAAGGGCAAAGGGUCAGCGGGAGGAGGCGGGGACGGUGCUGAGGGGGAGUACGAUGACGCAGGCGGCGAAGAGUAUGGAGAGGACGGCGCGUCAGGCGAAGGAGAGGGAGCGGAUGACUGGGAAGGAUCCGAUGAAGGCUUUCUCCAACUGCACAGCCUGGAAACCCGCACGAAGGGGGAGUCUGAACCGACGGGAAACGCUCGAGGCUCGAGUCAACCUCUCAGGAGACAAGGACGAUUGCCGUCAUCAGUGAGUGGCACUGAGGAGAUAUUCCAUCCUUCUGAUUUUCGACUUGCCAGCUUCCUCGAACAGGCUCAAGAGGUGCGGCAUGGUCAGAGAACUGCUGGCGAGACAGCUACCGGUUUCGCCGCCUCCUUGUCUCCAUUGCCCUUUUCAUCGGCUUCUGGUGCCUCCUUCGAUCUUUCUGUGUCCUCCGCUCCAUCUCACUCGCAGUCUCCCUUUUCGUUUCUCGGCGAGAAGGUGUCUUCCUGGGACAACGAGUACGGAGAUCAAGGAGACGACUACGGGUUUGGCGACCAAGCGUCGAUGUUGGGAGAGUACGACGACAAUGAGGGGUCAGACGAAGACUACGACGAAGGCGGGGAGCAGCCACGGGGCGCGACAGGCGCCAAAUCAGGAAAGGCUGUUUUCUUGAAGUUUGAUGAGACACGCGUUUACCGUAUUGUUCCCAACUCCCUCUUGGGUGACGUCGGCCGCUGCGCAACCGACUCGAAGAACUACAUGCGUCUGCAAAUCACUGUGGCUCUCCAGCCGCGGCGAUUCCGCAUGAGUGUGGCGAAAGCCAAGAAGCUCAUGGGCUUGAGGGCCCGGAAGCCCAUCCCAAGGAGCUUUCACGAAGGAGACGAGGGGGAAGACGGCGGUUAUGACGAUGCAGACGGCGGUUAUGACGACGAACAGGGCUUCCUUGAGCUAGAGAAUGAAAGACGAGAAGGGCGCCCUGUCCAAGGGGAUGGAACCGGAGAGCUAGGUACCGAGAGCCGCGAACAGGAAGGCAACUGGCACGAACUAUCUGGCCUUACAGAGGGACGGGACACUUCGGAAGACGCAAGAGAACGUCAACGAGGCAAAGAUCGAGGCGAAAACGGACGGCACACGGGCGUCGUCUCUCUCAGCGACACUGCCGCAGAACUUGGCUACGAAGGGAAAAGUGAACCCGAUCUACAGGACGGUCGAGAGCAGGACCUGAAAUUUCGUUUCUCCUCGACUCGAGUGGCAGAUCUCGAAGGGGAGGCGAAUCAACCGUUGUCUUUCGUGCAGGUUGAAGACGACGACUAUGGCGAUGAUGAAGACGAUGAUGGCGAAGGCAGAGGUCUUGGAAAGAAAAUGAAGGGCUUCUUUGGGGGCGUGAAGAGGGUGUUUUCGCGCAAGAAACACGGUGAAGAUGACGACGAAGAAGGGGGAUACGACGACGACAACCCGCCUGACGAUGAGGGGGAGGCAUCGCCUUCAAAGAAGGGUAAAAGACGAGGUAGUUUCAUGAACAAAGUGCGUGGACUUGUCAGCAGCAAGAGUCCCCAGGAGAAGAGAUUCAAAAAAGAAACGAAGAAAGCGAGGCGAGGGAUCAAACGCGUUUCGCGUGUGGCGGUAGAUAUAGCGUUCCACUCUCCCGCCGUCAAAAAGUGUAGGAAGUCUCUCUCUUGGUCAGCAACUUUUCCAGCCGCCAAAAUUCUUCAAACCAGCUUCUUCAUUCUUGCGAGACAGGGAGAGGUUGGAGGCCAACUUUCUGCCUUCAUCAAUUCAGGAUUCAGCGUCACUCUGAAAUGCAAGAUGAAAGGCGGCUGCAUGAUGAACGAAGUCCCCGUUUCUUGCGCGCUGGUCUCGUGCGUGAAGGCGAAGCAUGUCUCGACGGAGGCGCUUGAGGAGGGCAAGAAGCGGGCGGCUGCUCUGGCAGAGCACAACCUCAAAUUGGCGCAGACAUCGCUGGUGAUGAGUCCAGCGGACCGAGCUGCUCGUGCGGCCGAGUACGAGCGCAAGAUCCAAGAGAAACAACAGGAAAUCGAGGCGGGCAACCUAACACAGCAGCAAAUGCUGACUGCACAACAGCAGCAGUUUCUUUUGCAGCAACAGCUCGCGGCAAUCUCUUCGUCUCAGAGCCCCCUCGAUCCGAUGCAGGCGAAGCUGCUUGCCGCGGUUCAGGGCGGCGAAGACGCUUCGUCUUCAACCUCAGGCGUGACAAUGCAGGAAGCAAGUUCUGGUGUGACAGACAGCCACACCCAGCGACUGAUACAGCACAUGAUCGCCUUCGAUUCACGGAGGGGCGGAAGAGGGUCGCGAAUGAGUGGAGGCGCGAUUGCUGCCUUGGUGAUUCUAGGCCUGCUCGGAAUCCUGGUGGGGGGCAUAGCGGUUUUCAAGUACCGCGGCGGAAGGCGCCGGCGACGAUGA